AUGGAUACUAAAGAAAAUGAUUCAAAAUUAUUUACACCUGGCCCUUUAACGACCAGUUUAACAGUUAAACAAGCUAUGCUUCAUGAUUUAGGUUCACGUGAUACGAUUUUUAUAAAUAUAAUUUCAUAUAUUCGUGAAAAAUUACUUGAAUUAGCAGAUGCAUCACCAGAUGAAUAUACAACAGUACUCAUUCCAGGAAGUGGUACAUAUGCAGUUGAAGCAACAUUUUCAACAUCUGUACCACGACAAGACGCUAAAAUUUUAAUCAUUGAAAAUGGUGCAUAUGGUCAACGAAUGAUAAAAAUUUGUCAAGCUUUAAAUAUUCCUUAUGAUGUUAUUUCAUUUGGUGAAACAGAACGUGUUCAAAUUGAUCUAGUCGCUAAUAAAUUAAAAUUAAAUACAUAUACACAUGUUGCUAUUAUUCAUUGUGAAACAACUUCAGGAAUUUUAAAUCCAAUUGAAGAAAUUGGACAAUUAGUAUAUGAUCAUGGUACAACAAAAGGUUCAACAGUAUAUAUUGUUGAUUCGAUGAGUGGUUUUGGUGCUAUUCCUGUUAGUCUUCGUAAUGGUCAUAUUACUUAUCUAAUUAGUUCAUCUAAUAAAUGUAUUGAAGGUGUGCCUGGUUUUGCUUUUGUUAUUAGUAAACGAAAACAUUUACUUACAUGUCAAGGUCAAGCACGUAGUUUAGUACUUGACUUAUAUGAUCAAUACACUUACAUGGAACAGAGUAAACAAUUUCGUUUUACACCACCAACACAUACUAUGCUUGCAUUUAAACGUGCAUUAGAUGAAUUAGAACAAGAAGGAGGUGUACAAGGUCGAGCUAGACGGUAG